GUAGGGUUGGAGGCACUGAUUCUAGCAAUACAAGAGCAAGUCAUGAGUUCUACAGUGCAGGUGACAGCUUUGAUUUGCUUUGCCUACCUCGUUGGACCUGUGUUAGCAGCUAAUAGUUGCGAUUCGAUGAAAAUGAGCUCCUUAAACUGUGAUUCAUCUGAUUGUGCAUGUUUCUUCAACUGCACUAUUCCUCAAAAACCUAUUCAUUUUCAAUGCCCAAGAAUGCAUUUGUUUGAUAAGGAAACGUCAAAAUGCAGACCUUUCUAUGAAGUAUUAUGCGAUGCUCCAAUCAAAAGCGCCAAUGUGAUGAACGAUUUUGGUAAAUGCAAGAGGAUAUUGUGCUAUAUAGAUUUCAGCAAGUUCAAGGCCUUGACGUUUCAUCAAUCAGCAUGUACAGAUAUUGUCAUUACUGGCUUGCAUUAUUUUGAAUUUUAUCAAUCAUUUAUCAUAACCCAAACACGCAUCAUCAGUGAGAUGAAAAUACUUAACAGACAUCUCAGAAUCAUAGCAAAUGUCGAUGACCACAGUACGAAGGUAUUUAUGGACUUGACAAAAGCUAGAGGGGCUACUGGUGAUCUUGUAAGGGCAACGCAAAUGGCGAUUGCGGGGACUUUAAGAAACUUUACUUUUGAUGGACUGCUCCGCGAUAUCAGCGACUCGGAUGCAAGUACUAUAGAAACAUGGGUCAAGGAAGUAAGUGCUCUUUUCAAAGAGGAACAAGCAAACUCAGGCUUAAGGAAACUUGAUUUUCUGUUAAAGGGCCCUGCCAUGUUUGACAAAUUAAACUACACUCCUAAGACGCUAGCUCCAUUUGUCGACGCAUUCGUCUACGAUGCUACAGAUUUUCAAGGCAGUACACCAUCAAAAACUGCUAGCAUGACUCCUUCAGCGCUCGUAGAUCAGAACCUUAAUGCUUGGGUAAGUGCUGUUGGCAAAGACAAAGUAAUUAUGGCGAUCCCAUUCUACGGAGCAGGCUACACAUUAAGUGAUCCAAAGAUGACUAGUAUUGGGGCUGAAAUCGAAGGUCCAGCGCCCUCCCCAAUAUCAAAGAUGAUGGGCAGCAUCCCGUAUCCAGAAAUCUGUUUGAUAGCAUCCCAAUUCGGUGCUAAAAAAGUCAGUGCCACUGAUACUGACAACCCGUAUGUAUAUAAAGAUAACUUUUGGAUGACAUACGAAGAUCCAGGCAGCAUUGUCAAGAAGGUAAUGAAGUAUCGAGAAGCAGUUGCUGGAUUUGCUCUGAAACACAUAACUGAUGAUGAUGUCUUUGGCUUCUGUGGUCGCAGUUACGAAUUGCUACGAACUGUUUUGAGGGCAUGUGGGGGAAACGAUCCAUUUAUGUAGUUAUCACGAAUAUUUGUUAAAAAAUGACAUCACAUCUACAGAAACAAACCAAUCCCAACACAACUAAACAUCUUCACUUUACACGAAGAAACACAUCCGUAAGUUAUAUUCAAUCUACACAAAAUAAAAAAGAAAUCCUUAAAUUAUUUUCACUCUACACUCAUUUCUAAGUUUUUUGUUCACUACAAAAUAAAUAUAUACUUGAAGUUGUAUUUACUCUGCACAAAUAAACAUAAACAAAUACUCAAGUUA